AUGGAUGCCAUGUAUGCUACUUUCCAAGGCAUGGCCACUCGAGCUCAGAAUGAGCGACUAGUCGAGGAUAGGAAGCAUAGUUACUUUCGUGAGUUUAGACGCGCACCUAUCCCCGCAUUCAAUAGUGAAGGAGGACCCCAAGAAGCGGAGUAUUGGUUUGAUUCCAUCGUGAAGCACCUGAACACCAUAGGAAUACCAGAAGAGUAUUGGGAGGAAUUCACGGUGUAUAAGAUGGAAGGUCGAGCAAGUACUUGGUGGAAGCAAGUGAGAAGAAGGCUUGAUGUUGCGGGAAUGACUUGGGAACAGUUUGAGGUUCUCUUCAAUGAACAAUACUUCCCUCAAAGCUAUAUGGAUGAAAAGGUAAUGGAUUUUAUGUCCUUGCUUCAAGGUGAUAUGUCGGUGAGGGAGUAUGAGACAAAAUUCAAUGACCUGUCCCGCUUUGCGCCAUCUCUGGUGGAGUCUGAGAAUUUGAAAUGCCUGAAAUUUGAGAAAGGUCUUAAGAAUUCUGUAAGGAGACCAUUGGUGGCUUUAAGAAUUCAAAAUUUCCGAGACCUGGUGGCUGUUGCUACAAGCGUGGAACAUGAUAACUUAGCCUAUCAGCAGAGUAAGAAAGCAGCUGGUCGAGUUUCUGCUUCUGGUGGACCUUCUGCUUCAAGCGGGCCACAGCGGAGUGGUAGAAGAAAUCGCAAUCAGGGACAGAUUGGUGGAUAG